CAAGGUGUUUAAAUGUCCGGCAUUGUUUGUAAAUAAAAAGUUUUUCUUUUUUCAAUUUUAUUUUAUUCGUACUAACUUAUAGCAGUUAGGAUGAUUUAUCAAAAAAAUCCUCGGAUGCCGUGUGUUCUAAAAAUCUUAAGCUCAUUGAAUCAUAUUAAGAGAGAACAAGAGGUGAGGUGGAAGGUUAUUGCUAAAAAAAUUAGGUGGGGAAAAUCUAAUAAAGAAUCUACAUUCCUCAAGAAAUCAACAUUUUUUCCUAACUCAGUGAAAUCAAAUUUCCAGAACUCUUCAUCCAAGUAUCUUCCUUUUAAAAGCUAUGGGUUUUCCACUAUAAAAUUCUUAAGCACUUUUCAGACCCCAGGUCAUUUAUCAUUCCCUCUACGAUAUUAUUCACAAAAAGCUUCGGGCCGUGGUGGUACUCCCAAUAAGUGGAUUGUAGCUUUUAUUUUGUCUGGAUCAGCUGGUGUUGCAGUUUAUAAGGCUUUUUAUCAUGACCAACAGGAGGGAUACCUUGGAUCAGAUACACCUGUUACUGUGAAUCAAAAAACUUUAAGAUUUCCUUCAUUACCUCAGGAUAUUCCAGAUGAAGUUCCAUAUCUUAUAGUUGGAGGAGGUACUGCUGCCUUUGCUGCAUUCAGGGCAAUCAAAUCAUCUGAUCCUACAGCAAAAGUACUCGUUAUUACUAAUGAAUCACACUACCCAUAUAUGCGACCACCAUUGACAAAAGAACUUAUAUUUAAUAAAUCUAAUGAAGAAGGGGAUGGCAAUUUUAGUUUCAUUCAAUGGAACGGGAAAAAACGAAGUGUUUUUUUUGAACCAGAAGAAUUCUAUCUUAACUGUGAAGAGUUAAGUACCUCAGAAUAUGGUGGUGUUGCUGUAGCUCGAGGGUGGAAAGUAAAACAAAUAGAACAUACCAAUAAAAGAGCUGUAAUAGAAGGGGGGAAAAUAAUCAAAUAUGAUAAAUGUUUGAUUGCUACUGGUUCGUAUCCAAAACAUUUAUCUGUAUUUGCAAAACAGGAUCCUGAUUUAUUGAAAAAGGUUUUGUAUUAUAGGUACCUUGAUGACUUUUUGCAAUUAGAGAAUAUUAUGGAUGACAAAACUAAGACAGUAGCUAUCAUUGGGGGUAGUUUCAGUGGUACAGAAUUAGCUGGAUCAUUAUCUAAGAGAGGUGUCAAAGUAGUACAAAUUUUCAAGGAAGAAAAUCUUUUAGCUAAAAUCUUACCAGAAUAUUUAGCUCAAUUAGUUACUGAAAAAAUUAAACAAGGGGGUGUAAAUAUAAUUAAUAAUGCUGAGGUUGUAAAAGCUGAACUUGUAAAUAAUAAAGUAAAUAUGACAACUUCAGAUAAUCAAGUGAUUACUGCUGAUCAUGUUAUUGUUGCUGCGGGUGUUGUACCUAAUACUAAAUUAGCUGAAGGAGCUGGAAUAGAAGUGGAUAAAACAUUAGGUGGCUAUGUUGCUAAUGCUGAAUUUGAAGUGAGACGUGAUUUAUAUGCAGCAGGUGACUGUGUUUCUUACUAUGACACUAAGUUUGGUAGACGCAGGAUUGAACAUCAUGAUCAUGCUGUUUUAUCUGGGAGAAUCGCUGGUGAAAAUAUGACAGGAAAAGGUAAAACAUUAAAAACUCAGCCAAUGUUUUGGUGUGAUAUUGUUUCUGAAUUAGGAUUUGAAGCUGUUGGUAUUGUUGAUUCUUCCUUGUCAACUGUGGCAGUUGGUAUUCAAGAAACUAAUGCAGAAACUGGUGAACUUCAAACAUCUGAAAUAGUAAAAAAAAGCAAUGGAUCAGAACCAGUUGAUUUUAAUCAAGGCGUUGUAUUUUAUUUAAAAAAUAAAAUUGUUGUUGGAAUGGUUCUGUGGAAUCUUUACAACAGAGUUUCCAUUGCAAGAAGGGUGUUGAAAAGUGACGUUCCAUUUGACGAUUUAUCUGAGGUUGCCAAGCAUUUCAAAUUUCAUUAGGGCUAGUUUUUAUAAGAUAUUUUCAGAACCCUGUUGUGAAUUGAAAGUAGACUACAAUUAUCAGGUGUUUCAGGUUUGUUUCAAUAAAAAAAUUAAAUUGAAUUACUUUUGACAUGAUGUGAAGACCAUAGACUUAGGCAGAGUUCAAGGUAUUCUUAUUUCCUACUCGUGUCACUUUAUUAUUCUUUAAAAAACUGGUGUAACUUUUAAAGUCAUUGCAUUUUGUUUCAAUCAUUCCUCAUGGGAUAUUUGUUAUAAAGCUUUUAUCAUCUUUAUGUUAAAAACAAAAACAAAAUCACUGCAGUUAUGCCUUACGUAUGGUAAGAACAUAUUUAUGUUUCAUGAUGUUUGGACUAGGAAUAAUACAAUAGAGAGAAAAAAAAUUAUUGUUAGUAUUUUAUAUUAAUUUGUUUUAUUAUCAAAUCACCAUUAGCUAAUGAUUAUUUUUAUUUCUCAUAAUUUGAUAAAAAUAUUUAUUUAUUUAUUUGUAUAUUCCUAAUUCGCAAUCUGUAUUUCUUUGCUAUUUAUAGAUUAAUGAACUUUAAUUGUUCAGUUACUAUUAAUAAUAUAAGGCAUUUUCUAUGCAUACCUUAUAGUAACAUUUUCUAUUUUAUUCAUUAUUGUACUAUUCUUUCUGAUGUAUUAAAUAUGACUAGAUAAUCAAGAUUGAUUUAAAAUUCUAUUAAAAUAAAUAAUAAUCUAGGCCAGUCAUGCAAGUAAACUGUUGCGCUCAUUAGAAAAUUAUGGAUCAUGUACAUACUUGAACGCUGGCUGAGAUAUCCAGAGUAAACAAGUAUAUAGCCAAAAGAAGAUAGCCUUUUCCAUCACACUGCUUUUAAGAAAAAUCUUAGCAGUUAAAAAUAUUAUUAGGAAAAUUACUGUUAGAAAAAUCACAUUAAAUUUCAAAAACUGUAUUGGAAUAUAGUUAGAUUAAAGCUGUUUUCAAUGUAUUAUCAUUCCUGAUACAAUGAUAGGAAAUAUAAUUACCUACUCAUUUGCUUUUUAUGUUAGACAAAUUUAUUAUUAUUAUAUUUUUGUCUCAGUUAAUUAAAUGAUACUAUAUGGAAAUAUAGUGAUGUUACUUAAUGCUGAAGUUACCAUAUUGAUUUUUUGAUAAAACUGUAAAGUAACAAAGAAUGGAUUAAUUUGUAAUUAGAUCAUUAAAUAAUUUUCCAUCAAAAACUGUGCAUUGUAUGCAUUGUAUUGUAGUUAUUAAUGCUAAAUGCAAGUUGUAUCAUUAUGCAAUAAAUGUAUUUCAUUUAUUUAAUUUUUUUUAUAUAUACAAUUUAAGGCUCUUAGUUAAUUUAAACAAAAAAUAAAAUUAUGUUUAAACUAUUAAUAGAUUACAUCUCAUGUACC